CAGUUGACGUCACUGCCGGGUGCCGAGUCGAAUCCGUGCUUGCAAUGGAGGUGUCCGGGGCGGCACCGGCGGCCGCCGCCGCGGUGGAGGCAGAGAGUGGGAGCGGCGGGAAGGGAAGCUGGUAUGUGCUGGGGGAGCGGGCGGUGCUGGUGCCCUACCUGCGAGAGCACGUGCCGCGGUACCACGAGUGGAUGCAGGACCCUGCGCUGCUGGAGGCCACCGCGUCGGAGCCCCUCUCUCUCGCCCAAGAGUUCGACGUCCACCGCUCCUGGACCCUCGAUCCCCUCAAGCAUACAUUCAUAGUGUUGGACAAGGAGUUGAUCGAGGGACGGUUCUCGCCCGGCAAUCGGCACACCGAAGCUAUGGUUGGUGAUGUAAACAUAUAUAUGAAUGACCCUGAUGAUAUGCAGCUGGCGGAGAUAGAGAUUAUGAUAGCUGAACAUAAGAGCCGUGGGAAGGGAAUUGGUCAAGAAGCAAUCUUACUGAUGAUGGCAUUUGCAGUAGAGAAAUAUGGAAUUCACACAUUCAGAGCAAAAAUUAGUGAAUCAAAUACGGCAUCCCUUAAGCUCUUCAGAAAGUUGGGCUUCAAGGAUGCUUCAUACAGUGCGGUGUUUAAAGAGGUGACUCUGGAGGCACCUGCUGAUGCACUCCCGUUGAGAUUUCCUCUAACCAUAGGAGAUUGGUGACAACUGAUGUGGCCCGAGCUGGUGUCAUCUAAUUAUCGAGCAUCUCUGAUUGGUUUUCAUGGAGCGAGGGCAGAAGCUAACUCCGUGCGGCCCGCACUGCACCACAAGAUGCCUACUGUUUGUCUGUCUCUCUGACUAAGAAUUGCUCUGGAUGAUGAUGUAUAAAAACUCGAUAACACAGUAUCACAGUUGAUCGUGUACAACCAUUGUUAGCUUGAAGUCAAUAGCAUUGGCAUCAUGGCAGCAUGGAACAAGUUGCAGGUAUUACAGUCAUUACAUGGUUUUGAAAUCGAACUAGAUGCGGUUUUUACUUCUUCGGAAUGGUGAUCGAUCACUCGAAGAGAGUGAGAUACAGAUACGUACUAGUGUGAAUGGUGUUUGCGCACAUGUUCUCAGCCAUUAGCCUCAAAUGCCUGACGAGAGGGGAAAAAAAGAAAAGAAAAGAAAAGAAAGAAAAACUUUUGGUUUGGCGCACUUGGCUCACAGCCCGUCGUAGUCAGUGCUCGUCGAGCAGGCCGCCAGGCGCCAGCCCAGAAAAUGGGGUGGCCUGCGGGCCCACACGCCACUCCAACUUGGGUACAAACCCUUGGGCUUGGGCACCUGGCGCCUGGAGGCGAAACGGGACGAGAUAACGAGACAGGAAGAGGGGAGGAGGAUCAGGGCGCAGACAAGAUGGCGGCGAAGCGCGAGAACGAGUCUGACGGCGAAGAGUUCGGCGGCGAGGGCUCCAACCCUGCCGGCGGUGGCGCGACUCCGCCGCCCCUAGCCGCAGCCCCCGUCGUCUGCCUCCUCCGUUCCGUCGGGGACUUCGCCGGCGGCGCCUUCGUCGGAUCCGUCUUCGGAUAUGGACAAGGCUUGAUCACUAAGAAGGGUUUCAAGGGCUCAUUCAGCAAUGCGGGGUCCUCUGCCAAGACUUUUGCAGUUCUAUCUGGUGUCCAGAGUUUGGUUGUAUGCUUGCUGAGAAGGUUGCGUGGGAAAGAUGAUAUUGUCAAUGCUGGUAUAGCUGGUUGUUGCACUGGCCUUGCUUUGAGCUUCCCAGGAGCACCGCAAGCAUUGCUCCAGAGCUGCGCCACCUUUGCAGCGUUCUCUUGCAUCAUGGAGGGGCUCAACAAGCAGAAGGCUGCAAUGGCUCACACACUUGGCGCGACUGCAUUGACAAUUGGGAAUGAGAAAGGGGGUGUUCUGCCCCCGUUCACGCUUCCACCAAUUCUUGAUGCAUCGGAUGCUUUAGCUUCAUGCUGCCAAGCCUUAGUAAAGCCUAAACACUGGAAAACAGGAUAGGGGAGAGAGACAUGCUGAAGAAAGGUAGCGUCAGUCUUUGGUUCUUUAUUAUGUUGAUUUAGCAUACCUGCAUAUGUAAAUUUUGUUUUUUGGACAAGCUGUGGAACGUGCCCGAAACCUAGAUUUGCUUCAAGUAACUGGCAGGUUUUCCUGAUGUGUUUAUGUUGAGAAUUUUGCUGGGUCUGGCAUAUUAAAAUCAUAAAUACUUACCUCGAUGCUCA